GGCAAGAGGGUGCCGAAAAAGGCGCUCCGGAAAUUCCUGCUCGACGAUCCCGGUGUGUUUCGGCACUUUAACCGGAAGGAAUUGAAAAAGUUUGCCGAUAAGCAUCUAGGCAAAGACGAGGAGGACCACAUCAAAGGGCCGAGUAGAGAAUUGCCCUACCUGGAAUUUUGUGAGCAUUUUGGUCGCUACUUUCACCUGAUUACGGCUGACAAAGCGACGCAGCAAGAAGAGUACCAGAGGCAGCUGGAGACAGAUGCGAUGUUCAACGCUUGCGAGUACAUCUGGCGGCAGGUGGUGAGCCGUAUGGACCACCUGGGCGACCUCGGAGGCAGAAGAAUGCAAGCGGAAAGCGUGCCGUUGCUGGUGAC